AUGGACACUUCUGACGCAGAACAAGAGACAGCGCCAGGUGCUGUGCCAGGCAGUCAGGAUGCCAACAAUGGAGCUCCCGAACAACAAGAUGCAGCGUCAGAUGCAAUGUCAAAAGAACAAGUCAUCCCUUUGAUUAUCAACCAGUUGCAGUCUUAUGGAUUGAGUUCGUUAGCACAGGUUAUCGCUGAAGCCACGAAUACUGCCUUCUCAUUCGCCCCAUCCGACAGACUCUCCCAACUCUGCUCGCUCGCAGUCCGUACAGAAGACCGAUCGUCCCACGACGCAAUGGUUGAAGACGAAGACGACGACCCGCCCGCCGUAGGUGGUCUCGUAAUGGACCAGUCGGAAGAAAACCCCUCAACAACCACGGACGCCAACGGCGAUCCUUCGUCAUCCACAAAACAGCAGCCCAAAACAGCUCCAUCAUACAUGUCUUGGUACUCGACGCCCCACAAAGCAGCCGUCCUGUCUGCGGCAUUCAGUGUAGAUGGGAAAUACAUCGCUACAGGUGGUGCUGAUUGUACAGUCAAGGUGCUGGAUGUUGCGAAAGCGAGGAGGGUGCAUACUUCGCAGAAUGAUAAGCCGAUUGUGGGGGAUGAGAGUUCGCCUGUGAGUCGAAGUGUGACGGAUCAUACGGGGAAUGUUACAGAUGUUGCGUUUCAUCCGAAUAAUCUUGUACUCGCAUCAUGCUCAGAUGAUAAGCACAUCAAGAUGUAUGAUAUGCAGAAAGUGCACAUGAAGAGGUCGUUUCGAUAUCUCCAGGACUCUCAUGCAGUAAACUCAAUAAGCUUCCAUGCCUCAGGCGACUUUCUAUUAGUAGCAACUACCCACGAGUAUCCUCGCGUCUACGACAUCUCCACCUUCCAGUGUUACCGACCAUCAUCACAAUCAGAUGCUCAUGCCAGUGGAAUCAAUUGUGCUAGAUAUGCACCUCAAGGAUCCAUGUUUGCAACAUGUGGUGGCGACGGAUCCAUCAAAUUGUACGACGCAAUCAAUGGAAAAUGUGUGAAUACUCUUGAACGUGCACAUGGAGGUGCUUCAGUCUCGAGUAUCGUCUUUUCGAAAUCUGGACGGUAUCUAUUGUCGUCUGGUCAGGAUUCUAUUGGAAGGCUGUGGGAUGUUACGAUGGGGAGACCUGUUUGCACAUAUGAGGGUGCUAGUCAAAAGAAUCACAGCAUCAACAUCACAUUCAACUACAAUGAGGAUAUUGUGCUGAGUUCAGAUGAGUCUGCAUUAACAGUUAACAUCUGGGAUGCACGAACAGGAACUGCUUUAAAGCAACUUGUUGCAGGACAUACAGACGUGAUUCCACGUAUUUCAACAAGUCCAGUUGACCCUUGUUUUGUCAGUUGCAGCCAUGAUGGACGAAUACGUUUCUGGGAUAUUACAGAGUCACACCCAAUCGUGUAA